UUGGUUGAUUAUUUUAGACGGGCGCAAGCCAGAAAGGCACUCGGUAAAGUUGAAGAAGCCAUCAGUGACCUCAAGCGUAUUCUGGACAUUGAACCACGAAAUUCAGCGGCAUUGAAAGACCUCUCCGCUUGGACGGGAGAAGUAGAUCUCUGUGCUGGUUCAAUUAAUUCUCUCUACAAACUGAUCGAUAUUUCCGAAGCCACCGGUUCCUCAGAUUUGCGUCGAAUUAAAAUCUCAGAAGUUGGUUCCAAGGAAGUUUCGGUGAAAUCUGAACAGAAGUCGAUGAAAUCAACAACUUCCGUUGAUGGUUCUACUUCACAGAGUCCUAAUCCAAGAUUGCUGAAAGAUCCUCCUGCAAAUUGGUUCCAACUCGAGCGAGAUUUAAGAGAACUAAUUCCUUUUGGCGAUAGUCUAAGUCCUCAGGCUAUCGACUACUUGUGCUCUCUCGAACCACAGAAUUAUAAAUCAGUGAUUGGUGGUAGUCUCACAUCUUCCUGUUUGGGGCGUUUUGUAAGAGCAAUGGUUGCCAGUUCGAGUCUGUCGUCGACUGAGAAAGCUGAGAGAUUGAAGAGUUUGGCAAACCUUCCUAGAUUCAGUGUGGCUUGGAUGUUGGCGGAGGAUUCAGAUCGACAGGCUGUGGACAGGUUACUGCAAGAGAUGCCAACAGGACUGCAGGAAUCUCUCAAGUCUUUCUUUCUCUAA